AUGCCAGGCCCUCUGUCUUUAUUCUCCGUGAAUGCGGUCCUCAUCAUGUCGGCAGAUGAUGGAUCUCGCAUCUUCGCCAAAUACUACUCCGCUCCACACCCGCCGACAGGGACAGCACCUACUUCAACUGGCUACCCUGGUGCCAAUCCAUACCCCACUGUGAAAGAGCAGCGGGCGUUCGAAAAGGGGUUGCUUGAGAAGACGAACAAGUCCACCAGCGAUGUCAUUCUGUAUGACAACAGGAUCGUGGUGUUCAAGAUGGAGAGCGAUGUGAUGAUCUACGUCGUGGGAAGUGCCGAUGAGAACGAAGUGCUGCUGUACAAUGUGGUCUUGUCCUUGCGGGAUGCUCUUGGAAUACUCUUUAAGGGUGCUACCGACAAGCGUACCAUUGUCGAGAACUAUGACCUUGUCGCCCUCGCUAUUGACGAAACCAUUGAUGACGGUAUUAUCCUUGAGACCGACCCCGUCAUGAUCGCCUCUCGUGUCAGUCGCGCACCCGCCGCCGAUGCGCCAAACAUGAAGAACAUCGACCUCUCCGAACAAGGCCUCAUGAACGCUUGGGAGUUUGGCAAGCGGCGUUUGGCUGAGGGUCUGCGACACAUGUAG